UCACUUCAAAAGUGCACUUAGUUAUCGAAUAUUCUUAUUAUCGAGGUCGUUUUGGAAUAUCCCGUAAAAAUUGUUGGUUCACAUUUUGUGAAGGACGCGGUGUAGGGUUUUUAAAAUAAGGUAGUAAUAUUAAAAUAUUGGUGUGGUUGGAUACUCUGUGGGUGGAAAAGUAUUCGUAUAAUUGACUUGAGCGAGUAUCCACCGAAAGCAGAGAUUUAUGCAAGAACUAUUUGUCGUCAGCAAAAACAAGCAAUAAUGGCAGAGCAAUAUAUGCGUGAACUUUUGCGGAUAGCUGUCGCACAAAUUUGCCAAACUAUUGGCUAUCAUGUCAUACAAGCAACACCGUUGGAGCUCCUUCAAGAUAUCUUGCAUAAAUUCCUACACGAAUUUUCACGAGAGCUAAGACGUCAGGUAGAGCACUAUAAUCGGACUGAAGCAAAUUUUAGUGACAUAUAUCUCGCAUUAAACAAUUUAAAUAUUAAUGUGCACGAGUUAUUGGAUUAUGUUAAUUGUGUUCAGCCAGUGUCUUUAGCUGUAGAAAUUCCAAAAUUUCCAGCCCAUAAAAACACAAAUUUGAAUUUUUUAAAACCUGGAAGUACAGAAGUUCUUACUCGUCCGGUGCAUAUAUAUGAAUAUCUUCCACCCAUGUUACCUUCAGAUUCUGGCAGUCUGCUACCUGCACAUUAUAUGCAAUCGUACUCUUCAUUUUCCUAUCGUCACGAUAAAUAUUGGGAAAAUGCUGGAACAAUUACGGACAUUAAUCAAAAAGUUUACACUAAACCUGAACAGUAUCUAACUGGCUGUGGGUAUACGGUAGCAACUGCAUCUGGUUCAAUAAAACGGCUUGGUGAGCUUAAAGAGAGUGUGCCUUCUGAGCCCUCGCCAAUCUGCUUGAAGACAACAAUAAGUUCAUGUCAUUCAUAUGACGAAGAAGGACGUCCCACUAGAGAAAUUAGCAGUGUCGUUAUGACCACAGGUGGCUUUAUAUCACCUGCUAUUGAAGGAAAACUUCCCGAUACAAUAGUUCCAAAAUUUGUCGUUGCAGAAAAACUACUUGGUUUAGAUGCUCCGCCUCCACCUCCUCCUUCUCCACCUCCGGCUCCCGUUGCCGAUGAAAAUCUGAUAAUAGAACAUAAACCCCGUAAAAAUAGUACAAGUGCUUCUAUAGAUCUGAGUAGUAUCGGCGUCUCGUUUUCCUCCCAGCCUACAAAAGUACCCAUCAAUGUUGGUAAACCACCAAUUCCCGGUGUCUCUAAUAGCAACACAUUCCUAACAAAGUGCCCCCUUGCUAAUAAAAAUGUUGCAGCAUCCGAAGUAGUGAACCCAACUGCACCAAAGAAGGCUGUGCCAAAUCAUUUAACGCAACAUACCUUACAAGCGCCGACACUUGCAUCAAAAUUGCUUAAAAAGGCUAAAAAGAAGAAUACACAAAACCUGUCAAAUCCUUUGGCAGCCAAAUUUAAUCGCCCAGAUCUUCAAGUUUCUGAAUCUGGCUUGAUUUCAGCCGGCAUGCAUAGCUCCGAAAAAACCCAACGGAGAAAUAAAAAAAUCUUACAAAAAAUACUUAAGACAGGAAUGGACUCCGCACCUGACUAUUGUGACGCCAUUUUUCAGCGGUUAAAAAUGGAAAAGUUUCUUAAAAAACAGUCAAAGUAUCAGAAAAAAUUAUUGAAUAGACACAAAAACAACGUCCAAUCAAAUAAGCCAGAGGGCUUAGCAAAGCUGGAUGAAAAGAAGCUAUGUUCACCUUUAUUAUCGACUACUAAAAGCAACAGUGCUACUCCAUCUAUGAAAGAAUGUUUACCUUCGCCACUAGUUACAAAUUCCACAGCUCAAACUUAUAUAUCAAAACCAGAAUUGGCACUAAUCUCAUCAGUGGCCCUUCCGAAAACUUUGAUGAAAGAUAACCGUUUUGACGCUGUUUCCAAUCUCAUCCAUGAUGGCGUUCUCGAUAAUGUGCAAAUACCUGUAGAUGUGUCUCUGGGUCAUGAUAAGAAAGCAUUUCCAGCAAUGAAAUUGUCAGCAGAACUAGAUAAAAAUAAAUUAAAUAUCUUUAAGAAAAUUUCUAAGCAGAAACCUCAAAAACCAUUAUCUCCAAAUACGAAUUGCAUGGCUUCGGCCCAGAUUUAUGGUGGGAAUGAGGGCCAAUUUAUCAAUUUGCCUUGCGGAACCACUAUUACGCCAUCUCCAACAUUAUUGAAUCGCUUGACGUCUGGCGAUACGAAUUCGGUUUCUCCUGAGGGAUUGGAAAAAUCUCCACACAUGCCUAUUAACUGCGAUCAUGGUAGUGAUAUAGAUUUGGCAAGCAAUAUUAAUAGCAGUAGCUUCUCAGAGGUUAUGAUGCCUUGUGUAUUGAAUAAUUCACCACCGCAGCUUGACGAAGUUAAUAAACCUAAAAAGCGAGGUCGUAAGCCAGGAAGCAAAAAUUCGCUGAAACAAGCGGUGGUAUCACCUAAUAACCCAAGUCAAAUGGCGCAGUUAAAGAAAAUUAAAAGGCUAAAAUCUGCCAAAUACGCAUAUCCAUUUCCGCUUGGGAAUUUAGAAACUGCGAAUUUUAUGUCUAACAGAAUGGAACUCUGCACUAGAAAAGAGGAUAAUAUUCUAAAUUUACCACAUGUAGAAGGCAUAUUUCCCAGAAAUUUGUCCACAAAUGUCAAAGAAUACCGAAAAGAGCGCAAAAAAAAUAAAGUGAAAAAUCAACCCUUGAAUAUGUCGACGAGUGAAAAAAACAUAUUAAAACAAGAAGCUGGAGUUCCAACAAAGGAAGAAGUUAACACUAUAAAUAAGAAACUGAUGCGCAUGGAUACUGUUUUACAACCGCUAGAAGCGUUUAAUGAAACCUUGAUGGAAACGGAUAAAGAAGUUGGUAAAGUAAUUCCUGCUAAACUUGCACCUACAUACAAAUCGCCUACUAGCAAAAAGCGAUCAGCUCCCCAGAUGCCUCCUGCCAAUCAAACUAAUUCAAGUUUAAUUUCCGGUUUGCAUCCAAACAUUUUUAUGCCUACGUCUGGAAUAGGAAGAGUACCUAGUUUGCUUAAGCUUUGUCCCUUCCCAACGGGGCCUGGUUUGAUACCCACUACUGCACAAAAUUUACUCUUUCCACGUUUGCCAGCAGCAUUUCAUUUACCUAUUCCGAGUUUUAAGCAUCACUGCGUCGAUAAAGUAACAACUGCAGAGUCAGAAAGCACCAGCAAAUCACUAGAUUUGCUUCUGUCGCAACCAAGCGGAGAACGUAGCUACUGCAAUGUACCUCCUUUUGUGCCAGAAUCAAUGAAACUAAUGUCGCAUGAGUCUAAAGCCAGUAUCACAAAACUUGAAAGAGAUAGUCCAAAUAUUUUUAAACCUCAGCAACCAUCUGCAAUCGGUGAUAGGAUAUUAAAGAAUUUUGAUAACUGGAGCACACCUGAUAUGCAUUCGUCGUUGAACCCAGGCGAAGGUCAGAAAUCAAAUGAAAGAAAUAGUAUUAAAUCUCCUAAACCAAAAACUGAAAACUCAACUUUGGUCGGCGACAUAUAUUCUCAAAAUGCAUCACCUAAUAAAACUUUAGCAGCAUCUGCUUCUGUACGUAUACUAAAUAAUGAUGACCCAAUUGAACUCUCUGACGACUCCGUCGAGUAUCCACUACGAUCGGUGUUUAAUACUUCGAGUGAACUACUUUCCAAAGAGUUAAAUCAAAACCAACAUCAGUUAACAACUCCUCCAUUAAAUUUUCCCCAUGUGGAGGACUUAUUUUUGCCAGUGUGUAAUGACACUGCGAAAGAUUCAACAAGCGAUCUAAAUUUUAAUUCGCAGGAUCCGAAAAAAUCAAAAAAGGCCACUAAAUACUCGAAAAGUACUAAAGACAUUUAUCCAAAUCCAACAGCAGACUUAUCUUCAAUUGAGCUUUUUAACGCUGAAAAAGGGGGAGUCGGUAAAUUAGCAGGUGGGGCCGAUUUAAUACCGUUAAUAUCAACUGGAUCAGCGUAUUCUUCAAAAACUAUACCUUCAACUAGUUUAACAGCGACAGUAGCAACACCUUUCGCUUUACUCAAGAAAGAUUUUCCGCCUCCAAAAACAUUUGAAAAUUCAUUGUCAGCAAAUAUAGAUGGAAAUGGAAUUUUAUGUACGAAUACAGAACUUCACAAAAAGAAAAAAGAGCAUAAGAGGUUAAAAAAACUUAAAGACGAUAAGGUAAAAAAGAAAAAGGAUAAGAAGUCAAAGAACAAAGAACGUGUAGAACGCCCCGAAAAAUUUCUGCUUAAAAAUGACACGGUAUAUAAUAACAAAUUGAAGGAAGCUUUGCUAGGCGGUGAAGAGCAACGACUGAUGAAUAAAGAUUUGUUAAAAAAAUUAAAAAAAGAAAAGAAGAAAAAAUAUAAACAGCUACUCACUGAUGCCGUUGAGCAAGCGGGUAUAACUCCGGUUAUUGAUGCUUCUGAUAUCUGCAGAGUUGAGAAACCAAAUACCAUUUUUUCAAUAGGAAGUACUUUGCCAAAUUUAACGCCGACAACAAGUCUAGCAAGUUCAGCGACGUCAUUCGUACCUAAAUUAACUCUUAAACUUGGUAGCGUACAAUCACCUUCUCAGUUUAAUGACACUGUACAAAAGAAUUUGUCUAGUGCAACUACUGUUGCUUCAAAAGAGUUUGGUAAAAAGAGGGAGCCAUCGCCGGAAUUGGCAAGAAUUUCACCACUUGUUACUCGACCGCCGAAGCAAAAGUUUAAUAUUUCUGAAACUGUAACAACAUCCUUAUUAAAUUCUAAUCAACUCGACUCAGUACCUCCCAGUGGUAGUAAUCCUAAUAACACUUUAGACCCUCUUACCGAGAUUAACGUCAGCACAGUAAUUUCUCCAAUUAAUCCGACCAUACGUUCCAUUGUACCUCCACCUAGUCCAUGGUCAUCUGGUGGAACAAUAUCUGCCAGUUCCGUCUUACUUCCGCAGCAACUAUUACAGUCUGCGACGGCUCAAGAACACUUAGGAUUCAGUAGUAAAGCAGAUGGAGGGUUGUUGGCAAAUACAAUUGCUGGUACAACACGAUCAUUGUCCUCUACCGAGUCCCAAAGUCCAGUGCCGUUAAUUUCAGAAACAAGCCGUCCAUCAUCUUAUAUUGAUGCUGAGGGUAAUCGUGUGUGGAUCUGCCCGGCAUGUGGCAAAGUAGAUGAUGGUUCUCCUAUGAUUGGCUGUGACGGUUGCGAUGCAUGGUACCAUUGGAUAUGUGUGGGAAUAUCCAUUGCGCCAAAAGAUAACGAGGACUGGUUUUGUCGCGUUUGCAUAACACGAAAGAAGGGUAUUCAUGCUACUGACAAAAAGCGUAAGCGGAACAAAAAGAAGUAGUUUUAAAACGAUAUAAAAAAUACAAAUAGCAAACAAAAAACUGAUAUUUAUAUUGUUCCUGAUAAAGACAUGUUAUAUAAAAAACCAUAGUUCGAAAUUACACCAGAGAACUCCAUCACAUUUAAUUAUUGAGUAUAUGUAUGUUCGUAUUACACAGAUUGGUUGAAUACAAGAACGAUGUUUAAUUUCAAUUCGAAUUAAUUUUUACAUACAAAAAUAUAUGUUUUAUUCCGCCUAA